AUGCCGACAACUAUCCCGUACGACCCUAGUCUUAUACUAGGCAAUGUGGUCAACAAGGCGCACAUUGAGCAUCUUCAGAAAAAGGCGGACGCCCUAGUCCUCUCUGACGAGGCUCAAGAAAGUCUUAAUACGCUUCUGGCCUCCAGACGCAGUCUUGACAUGACUAAGAGUGAACUCUUCAAUCUCGGGAUCGAUACCAAGGAUGUUGACGACUCGGUGAAGAAGCUCAACGACGAAAUUGUUGCCGCGGCCCAAGACUUUGCAAAGGAGAAAAUUGCUUGCCAGGAAACGCUGAAGAAGAUCAAGUCCACAAAGAGUGUCAACGUUCAAGUAGAGAGUCCUAUUGAUUAUCUCAAAUCGCAAAUCAAGACGAUGCCACUCGCAGUUGACUCCUUGAACAUGAAUGUGCAGUACUUCUCUGCAGAAACGCAAGGACAAGAGGAUAAUACCUUGGCAAGAACAGUCUCCGCAUUCGUUUCUAGCUCGACCAAGUUUUUGGGCAAUGAUGCAAAGACGCAAUUGGGUGCGGCUGCCGCUAAGCAAGUCAGCCAGCAAGUAUCAAAGCAUUCGGUCCGUGGUACCCUGGUUCUGGCUGUCUCGUGUACGCACAAGAAUGCCUCGAUUCUGGCUCCACUUGUGUUCAAUGUGGACAAGGCCGUCAGAGUAUGGAACCAUCUCUACCAGGGUGAUCAAAUUGACACGAGUGCCAAGGGAUUGUCGAAUUUGGUUACCAAGAAAGACAUUGUCAGCAAUAAUAAACUCAGUCUUGUCUCUGGAAUGACAUAUGGGUCUACCUUUGUUGGUAUGGUACACAUCCUUGAUACUGCCCGGACUGAUGUAUCGGAAAGUCUAUCAUCGGUCGUGGCAUCCUUGCAGAAACAGAUGGAUGCUGGAGCCUGGUUUCAGAAAGCAUCAGGUGGAUAUGGUGUGGAUGCUAGCAUCAGCGAAAGUGUCAAGAGUCUGCUCAGCACGCAUGAAAUCAGCUCCCAUGUCACAAUGCUUUCCAUGGGUGUAAUUCCCUCAUUCGUUGCCAGUGACCUUAAAAUGGGAAUUGAUCGCUUUGCCGAGUUCAGCCCGCAGACCAGCAUGCAGGCAAUCGCCUCCCUUCAGAAUGACACCAGAUCCGAUCACGAGAGUGUCAAGCAGUCAGCGGAUGCGGCGCGGAAGGGUGAACAAAUGAUCAACCUGAAGGGUGGUCAAAUCAAGUCUGCAUUGUCGGCCCUUGCCCAUAUCGACGGAGCUGCCAAUAAGGUCCUCGACAUCAACUCUAUGAUGAAAGCGUUCGACGACUAUCUGAAGAAGGCCACCGAGGGCAAUUCGGGCGUUCCAAUUAACUACUACCUGAAAGAUCUCACAAAGGAAAUGAUCGCAGAGAUGUGGGUUGCCAAGUACUUUCCAAACCAGUACAUGACAAUCAGCAAUGAUGACAGUGCGUCUGCUCCACCUACGGCCACUGCUCCCACCAAGACACCUGAGGCUCAGGAGAAAAAGCCAGAAUAA